AUGGACACUUUAGAAACAAGAGAAAAAGACCUGACACUCACCAAGAGGGAUACAUCUGCCUUUAUGGCAGCCAUCUUCAACUGGGUCUGUGGAGACCCCGCCCCUCCCACGACCAAAACUCAAUUACUGUUACUGUGCAUUCAUGAGCCCGCCUUUUUCUUUGCAAGCAGCUACCCUAUACCUUUAGAGACCCAGACUCCGGGUCUGACAUGGGCUCUGGUAACAUCCCUUUGUCCCCUUUCCCUGGUCCUUACACAUUUUGGAGAACAGCAUGCUGAACUGGUUGGUACACCAAGAGCUUGUGUUAGCAAAGGCUGCUGGUGCCCGAAGACCCAGAAGACAGGGCUGAUGAAAGGUCACAGGCACAAAAAGCUGCCAGGAGCUGGAGGAUGUUUUCUUGCUGUCUCUCGACUUCCCAAGGCUCAGGCCUCAGGAGAUCUCUCAGGAGAGGAGUCAGUCGCACCUGGAGAAACUGGGUCCCGUGUCUCACAGGAUGCCUGUGGCCAUUUUCUCAGAGGAGUCAAAGUGGGGAACAUAGGAGCCGAGGGCAGGUCAGCAAAGGUCCCACUCCAGGAUGAAAAGGAGUCAAGCCUGACUCUGGAUACUCAAGCUUGCUUAGAGUUUUUGAAGAUGGAGGUAAGGGAGUCCAUGGUCAACCAUCUUGUGCGAUCCUUGCUUCAAGGGAACUCUUCGUUCCUGCACGAGUUUUUGAAAAACUGCCAAGUAUUUGGGACCACACAGCAGGUGCUGGAUCUGCUGUUGAAAAGGUUUGUGCACCCCCUUGUAGGUCAGGGGAGCUCCAUCUGGCUGGGUUUUGGGAAUGCUUUGCACCACUUGGUGACCCAGUUUGCUGUGUGACAAUUGUAAGGCUAAUAGGAGGACCUGCAGGGUGUGGUCAGGAGCAAGGGAGUUGAGCCUGCAAAUGCCUGUCCUGUGCUUGAUCGUGUACUUGGUUACC